AAGACAGAUCCAGGCAUCAGUCAUCACCAGUUAUCCAUCAAUAUUAAUAAAUUUACGAGUAACUUUAACAUUUUGAAGAAAAUGGUUUCUAAAUCGACCAUUCUGAUUGUCCUGGCUGUAGGUCUUGUCUGCACGGCUAAUGGUCAGGGUUCCUCGUGCAAGGAUAAGUGCUGGCAAUAUCUGCAGUGCAAGAACAGCUGGUACAAUUAUUUCAACAGUCCAUCUACAGAGUCCUUGUGUACCAAGCCGAUAGGUUGCAGUUGUGCUUGUAUGACUGGGACUGGCUCUGCCGCUGCGACGACGACGGUUGCAGCUACCCAGGCCGGUACUUGCGGAAGGGAUUGCUCUACCUUCCUUUCGUGCAAGUACACGUGGGAAAUUUAUCAUGGAAUGCCGUCAGUGGUGAAGAGCUUUUGCAAGGAUCCGGCUGGUUGUGCGUGUGGCGCCAUCUGCUAUGACCAAGCAACUGCAACAACUGCUCCAUCAGCGAGUACAACGGUGGCGGCGACAACUACUCUGGCGGCGACAACUACCAUGGCGGCGAGUACGACAUAAGAAAGAAAGGUGAAAUGAAAGAAUGUGUAAUGGCGGUUACAUCUGAAAUGAAUAAAAUUAGCAAUUUAAUGUUACUAGAGGAUAUGAAAAUAAAAUCUGAAUUACCAUUC